AGCGGACGCGUCAUCUUCCGGCGCCGUCCCCGCGAUCCCGGACUCAGCCACAGCCCCAGCCACAGCCCUGGCCUGGCAGCCCCGGCGUCUCUUCGGAGCGCGGUGGCAGCUGACUGCGUGUUCACGACCCGCUGGGAGCCGCGAGUCCCGCCGCCGUUAUGAACAUCCGCAAUGCGAGGCCAGAGGACCUGAUGAACAUGCAGCACUGCAACCUCCUGUGCCUGCCCGAGAACUACCAGAUGAAAUAUUAUUUCUCCCAUGGCCUUUCCUGGCCCCAGCUCUCUUACGUCGCUGAGGAUGAGAAUGGGAAGAUUGUGGGGUAUGUCCUGGCCAAAAUGGAAGAGGGCCCGCACAAUGUGCGCCAUGGACACAUCACCUCGCUGGCUGUGAAGCGUUCCCACCGGCGCCUUGGCCUGGCUCAGAAGCUGGUGGACCAGGCCUGCGGAGCCAUGAUCGAGAACUUCAGUGCCAAAUACGUCUCCCUGCAUGUCAGGAAGAGGUGGAAGCCAGGGCCGAGGGAAGGGGGUAACCGGGCCGCUCUGCGCCUCUAUUCCAACACCCUCAACUUUCAGAUCAGCAAAGUGGAGCCCAAAUACUAUACAGAUGGAGAAGACGCAUACACGAUGAAGCGGGACCUCACCCAGAUGGCCGAUGAGCUGGCAGGCGGGGAGCCAGACCUUGGCAGGACCUUAACGAAGGCCGUCGGCCCAAGAUUCCAUUCUCCGAGGAAGAAGCCCGUCCUGCCCAGAGGCUGCUGUGAGAGGAGAGGGAGGAGGCCCCUAGACGUGCUGAGAGACCGGGGCCUGGGGAUGGCUGUGGCUGGCCUCCAAGGCUCGGGGUCAGACAGAACCGGGCUGAAGAGAAGUCAGGGUUCUGCCCAAGGCUCCUCGGGGGCCAGGGCCGUUCAGAGGGCUCCACGGCAGCCUCGUGAGGGAGCCAUGAUCACCUCCACUUUACAGGAGAGGAAACAGGCCCAGAGGCCUGUUUAGGUCUUCUGUCCAUUUUUGGAUUGGGUUGUUUGUUUUUUUGUUGUUGAGCUGCAUGAGCUGCUUGUAAAUUUUGGAGAUGAAUCCUUUGUCAGUUGCUUCAUUUGCAAAUAUUUUCUCCCAUUCUGAGGGUUGCCUUUUCGUCUUGUUUAUGGUUUCCUUUGCUGUGCAAAAGCUUUGAAUACAUAUUUGUGUAUGUAUGUCCCAUUUGUUUAUUUUUGUUUUUAUUUCCCAUUUGUUUAUUUUUGUUUUUAUUUGCAUUACUCUAGAAGGUGGAUCAAAAACGAUCUUGCUGUGAUUUAUGUCAAGGAGUGUUUUUCCUAUGUUUUCCUCUAAGAGUUUUAUAGUGUACAGUCUUACAUUUAGGUCUUUAAUCCAUUUUGAGUUUAUUUUUGUGUAUGGUGUUAGGGAGUGUUCUAAUUUCAUUCUUUUACAUGCAGCUGUCCAGUUUUCCCAGCACCACUUAUUGAAGAGGCUGUCUUUUCCCCAUUGUAUAUCCUUGCCUCCUUUGUCAUAGAUUAGUUGACCAUAGGUGCAUGGGUUUACCUCUGGGCUUUCUAUCGUGUUCCAUUGAUCUAUAUUUCUGUUUUUGUGCCAGUCCAUAUUGUCUUGAUGACUGUAGCUUUGUAGUAUAGUCUGAAGUCAGGGAAUCUGAUUCCUCCAGCUCUGUUUUUUUCCCUCAAGACUGCUUUAGCUAUUUGGGGUCUUUUGUGUCUCCAUACAAAUUUUAAGAUUUUUUGUUCCAGUUCUGUGAAAAAUGCCAUUGGUAAUUUGAUAGGGAUUACAUUGAAUCUGUAGAUUGCUUUGGGUAAUAUAGUCAUUUACACAAUGUUGAUUAUUCCAAUCCAAGAACAUGGUAUAUCUCUCCAUCUGUUGGUAUCAUCUUUAAUUUCUUUCAUCAGUGUCUUAUAGUUUUCUGCAUACAGGUCUUUUGUCUCCAUAGGUAGGUUUAUUCCUAGGUAUUUUAUUCUUUUUGUUGCAGUGGUAAAUGGGAGUGUUUCCUUAAUUUCUCUUUCAGAUUUUUCAUCAUUAGUGUAUAGGAAUGCAAGAGAUUUCUGUGCAUUAAUUCUGUAUCCUGCAACUUUACCAAAUUCAUUGAUUAGCUCUAGUAGUUUUCUGGUGGCAUGUUUAGGGUACUCUAUAUAUAGUAGCAUGUCAUCUGCAAACAGUGACAGUUUUACUUGUUCUUUUCCAAUUGUAUUGCUUUUAUUUCUUUUUCUUCUCUGAUUGCCAUGGCUAGGACUUCCAAAACUAUUUUGAAUAAUAGUGGUGAGAGUGGACAUCCUUGUCUUGUUCCUAAUCUUAGAGGAAAUGCUUUCAGUUUUUCACCAUUGAGAAUGAUGUUUGCUGUGGGUUUGUCAUAUAUGACCUUUAUUAUGUUGAGGUAGGUUCCCUCUAUGCCCACUUUCUGGAGAGUUUUUAUCAUAAAUGGGUGUUGAAUUUUGUCAAAAGCUUUUUCUGCAUCUAUUGAGAUGAUCAUAUGGUUUUUCUCCUUCAAUUUGUUAAUAUGGUGUAUCACAUUGAUUGAUUUGUGUAUAUUGAAGAAUCCUUGCAUCUGUGGGAUAAAUCCCACUUGAUCAUGCUGUAUGAUCCUUUUAAUGUGCUGUUGGAUUCUUUUUGCUAGUAUUUUGUUGAGGAUUUUUGCAUCUAUAUUCAUGAGUGAUAUUGGUCUGUAAUUUUCUUUUAUUGUAGUAUCUUUGUCUGGUCUUGGUAUCAGGGUGAUGGUGGCCUCAUAGAAUGAUUUGGGAGUGUUCCCUCCUCUGCAAUUUUUUGGAAGAGUUUGAGAAGGAUGGGUGUUAGCUCUUCUCUAAAUGUUUGAUAGGAUUCAUCUGUGAAGUCAUCUGGUCCUGGGCUUUUGUUUGUUGGAAGAUUUUUAACCACAGCUUCAAUUUCAUUUCUUGUGAUUGGUCUGUUCAUAUUUUCUGUUUCUUCCUGGUUCAGUCUUGGAAGGUUAUACCUUUCUAAGAAUUUGUCCAUUUCUUCCAGGUUGUCCAUUUUAUUGGCAUAGAGUUGCUUGUAGUAGUCUCUUAGGAUGCUUUCUAUUUCUGCAGUGUCUGUUGUAUCCUCCUUUUUCAUUUCUAAUUUUAUUGAUUUGAGUCCUCUUCCUCUUUUUCUUGAUGAGUUCGGUUAAUGGUUUAUCAAUUUUGUUUAUCUUCUCAAAGAACCAGCUUUUAGUUUUAUUGAUCUUUGCUAUUGUUUUCUUUGUUUCUAUUUCAUUUAUUUCUGCUCUGAUCUCUAUGAUUUCUUUCCUUCUGCUAAUUUUGGGUUUUGUUUGUUCUUCUUUCUCUAGUUCCUUUAGGUGUAACGUUAGAUUGUUGAUUUGAGAUUUUUCUUGUUUCUUGCGGUAGGCUUGUAUAAAUAAAAACUUCCCUCUUAGAACUGCUUUUGCUGCAUCUGAUAGGUUUUGGAUCGUCGUGUUUUCAUUGUCAUUUGUCUCUAGGUAUUUUUUGAUUUCCUCUUUGAUUUAUUCAGUGGUCUCUUGGUUAUUUAGUAACGUAUUGUUUAGCUUCCAUGUGUUUGUGUUUUUUACAUUUUUUUCCCUGUAAUUGAUUUCUAAUCUCAUAGCGCUGUGGUCAGAAAAGAUGCUUGAUAUGAUUUCAAUUUUCUUAAAUUUACUGAGGCUAGAUCUGUGACCCAGUAUGUGAUGUAUCCUGGGGAAUGUUAUGUGCGCUCUUGAGAAGAAAGUGUAAUCUGCUGUUUUUGGAUGGAAUGUCCUAUAAAUAUCAAUUAAAUCUAUCUGGUCUAUUGUGUCAUUUAAAGCUUGUGUUUCCUUAUUAAUUUUCUGUUUGGAUGAUCUGUCCAGUGGUGUAAGUGAGGUGUUAAAGUCUCCCACUAUUAUUGUGUUACUGUCAAUUUCCUCUUUUAUAGCUGUUAGCAGUUGCCUUAUGUAUUGAGGUGCUCCUAUGUUGGGGGCAUAUAUAUUUAUAAUUGUUAUGUUAUUUCUUCUUCUUGGAUCAAUCCCUUGAUCAUUAUGUAGUGUCCUUCCUUGUCUCUUGUAACAUUCUCUAUUUUAAAGUCUAUUUUAUCUGAUAUGAGUAUUGCUACUCCAGCUUUCUUUUGAUUUCUAUUUGCAUGGAAUAUCUUUUUUCAUCCCCUCACUUUCAGUCUGUAUGUGUCCUUAGGUCUGAAGUGGGUCUCUUGUGGACAGCAUAUAUAUGGGUCUUGUUUUUAUAUCCAUUCAGCAAGCCUGUGUCUUUUGGUUGGAGCAUUUAAUCCAUUCACAUGUAAGGUAAUUAUCGAUAUGUAUGUUCCUUUUACCAUUUUCUUAAUUGUUAUGGUUUUGUUUUUGUAGGUCCUUUUCUUUUCUUGUGUUUCCUACUUAAAGAAGUUCCUUUAGCAUUUGUUGUAGAGCUGAUUUGGUGGUGCUGAAUUCUCUUAGCUUUUGCUUGUCUGUAAAGCUUUUGAUUUCUCCAUCGAAUCUGAAUGAGAUCCUUGCUGGGUAGAGUAAUCUUGGUUUUAGGUUCUUCCCUUUCAUCACUUUAAAUAUGUCAUGCCACUCACUUCUGGCUUGUAGUGUUUCUGCUGAGAAAUCAGCUGUUAACCUUAUGGGAGUUCCCGUGUAUGUUAUUUGUCAUUUUUCCCUUGCUGCUUUCAAUAAUUUUUCUUUGUCUUCAAUUUUUGCCAAUUUGAUUGCUAUGUGUCUUGGCGUGUUUCUCCUUGGGUUUAUCCUGUAUGGGACUCUCUGUGCUUCCUGGACUUGGGUGGCUAUUUCCUUUCCCAUGUUAGGAAAGUUUUCGACUAUAGUCUCUUCAAAUAUUUUCUUGGGUCCUUUCUCCCUCUCUUCUCCUUCUGGGACCCCUAUAAUGUGAAUGUUGUUGCAUUUAAUGUUGUCCCAGAGGUCUCUUAGGCUGUCUUCAUUUCUUUUAAUUUCUUUUUCUUUAUUGUGUUCCACGCCAGUGAAUUCCACCAUUCUGUCUUCCAGGUCACUUAUCCAUUCUUCUGCCUCAGUUAUUCUGCUAUUGAUUCCUUUUAGUGUAUUUUUCAUUUCAGUUAUUGUAUUGUUCAUCUCUGUUUGUUCUUUAAUUCUUCUAGGUGUUUGUUCUUUAAUUCUUCUAAGUCUUUGUUAAACAUUUCUUGCAUCUUCUCAAUCUUUGCCUCCAUUGUUUUUCCAAGGUCCUGGAUCAUCUUGAUCAUCAUUAUUCUGAAUUCUUUUUCUGGAAAGUUGCCUAUCUCCACUUCAUUUAGUUGUUUUUCUGCGGUUUUAUCUUGUUCCUUCAUCUGGUACAUAGCCCUCUGCCUUUUCAUCUUGUCUACCUUUCUGUGAAUGUGGUUUUUGUUCCACAGGCUGCAGGAUUGUAGUUCUUCUUGCUUCUGCUGUUUGCCCUCUGGUGGAUUAGGCUAUCUAAGAGGCUUGUGCAAAUUUCCUGAUGGGAGGGACUUGUCUAGUCCAUCUUUAAAUAUUAGAGUUUUUUCAGUCUCAUUGCUAGAGCCUCUUGUUUAUUCAUUCUUUCCUCAUCCUUUAGGUAAUCUCACCCAUUCCCAGGGGGUCCUCUACAAUACUAUCUCUAUAGCCUCAGGCUGGGGAUUUUUUGUUUUGUUUUGUUUUGUUUUGUUUUUUGCUGCACCUGCGGCUUGCAGAAUCUUAGCUUCCUAACAAGGGAUUGAAUCUGGACCCCCUGAAGUGGAAGCGUGGAGUCCUAUCCACUCGAUCGCCAGGGAAUUCCCAGCCCCAGCGUUUAUAUAUCUGUGCCAGAUCCCUCCCUUGGGCUCCUCAACCUGCAUAUCCAGCUUCCUGUCUGACGUGACUACUCGGCUGCCCCCAGUUCAUUAAUUCAUUCCCUUGCCAAAUAUCCACUGGGUACCUACUCUGUGUCGGUCACUAUGGUAGGGACUGGUAUACAAUGCUGAAUAAAAUGCACUUGGUCCCUGCCCUCAUGAAGUUUACAUUUAGUGGUGGGGGUGUGAGAAAAUAAGCAAGAAAACAAACAAAAAAUAGUGAAAUCCACUACUUUUUUUGAAUUUUAUUUUAUUUUAUUUUUUAAACAGCAGGUUCCUAUUAGUUACCUAUUUUGUACAUCUUAGUGUAUAUAUGUCAAUCCCAAUCUCCCAGUUCAUCAUACCACCACUCCCCACCACCACUUUCCCCUCUUGGUGUCCAUUCGUUUGUUCUCUACAUCUGUGUCUCUAUUUCUGCCCUGCAAACUGGUUCAUCUGUACCAUUUUCCAGGUUCCACAUAUGCAUUAAUAUAAGAUAUUUGUCUGAAAACCACUAUUUUUUGAAUAAAGUAAGCUGCAGUAAUAGAGAAUGCUUUUAAAAAUGUGUGUGCAAGUGUAGGAGGCCUACUUACAAUAGCCAGGGAAGAUCUCCCUGGAGGUACUGUCAUGGAAGCUGAGAGUUCAAGGAUAAAAAGCAAUCGCUCAUGGGAAGAACAUUCUAGAUAGUAGCAACAGCAUGUGCAAAGGCCCUGGUGAGGAAAAGAAUGAGAAGUAUGUGAAGAACUUAAAGGAAGCCACUAAGGCUGGAAUAUGGUGAUUUAGGGAAAACAGUGACAGUUAAUCUAGCCAGAAGGUUAGGAAAGUGUCAGAUUAUCCAGGAUGCUUUAAGUCAUAGGGAGGAUUUGCAGGGUUUAUGCUAAGAACAGUGGGAGCCACCGAAAAGCUUUAAUCCAGGAGAAGCACUUGAGCUGAUUGGUAUUUUUGAAAGCUGACUCUGGCAGCUCCGUGGAGAAUGAGUCAUAAAGGGGCAAGCAUGGAAGCUGGAAAAAGGACUUUAAGGCUGUGUGAGCUAUGGCGUGGCUUGGACUAGGAUAGGGGUUGUGGACAGGGUGAAAAGUGGAUAGAUCAGAAAGAUAGUUGGGGGAGUUCCCUGGCGGUCCAGUGGUUAGGACUCAGCACUUCCCUGGUCAGGGAACUAAGAUUUCCCCAUGCCCCAUGGCAUGGCCAAAAAAAAAAAAAAGGUAGUUGGGAAGUUGAAACAGUGCAGAAGAGUCUACCUAAGAACUAGACCCUGGUGCUAUAGAAUGUCUGGUUUGAAGCCUGGCUCUGCCACUUCCUAGCUGCAUGGAUUCGGGCAAAUCCAUAAUUUCAGUGUCCUCAUUUAUAAAAUGACUAUAAUAAUAGGAGUUAUAGGAAGUAUCAGGAUGAAAUGAGUUAAUAUACAUAACAUUUCUUAGAGCAUAAUAAGCAUGAUUGAUAUUAAGUGUUAGCUAUUAAUAUUAAUGAUGCAUUGGUUAUGCAGGGUGAGGGAGGAAUCAAUGGUGAUGCCAGAUUUCUAGCAUGAGCUGCUGGAUGUCUUCUUGAGACACUAGAGUAGCAAAACUUCAGUCUUGGGUAAAACUGAUGUUUUACUUUCUCCAUGUCUACUGGAAAAAGUCACACAAUUGGGCAGAUUGAGCCUAUUGUAAAAUCCAUGAUCAUAGACCUCAAAUGAGACUUCAAUAUGGCCCAGGAAUUUUACUACAUAUUUUUGGUCAAUUCACUCACCUUCCUUCUGCAACCAUUUUUUACAACUUUCUCCACUCUCCUCUAACCUCCUACCCUAGCACCACCUCCCACCUGCUCCCACACGUUCAAUAUUUGACCACAACUCUUAUUUCAUAGAGAAAAUAGAAGCCGUUAGAUAGGAACUCCUGUCAUCGUCUGGCGACCAAACACACGUAUCUUACCCAUCUCUACACCCACCCUACCUUCCUUUUCCCCUGCUACAUAGGAUAGUGGUUUCCAAAGUGUAAUUAAUUCCCCAGAACAGAACAGGAGAGUCAGCAGUGCCUGGGAACUUGCUGGAAAUGCAGAUUUGCAGACCCCACUUCCAAAUCUAUAGAAUCACAAACUCUGGUGGAGGAAGGGGCAGCAACCUGUUUUAACAAGCUCUCCAGGGAAUUCUGAUGCACAAACCAAUGCAAGAGAAGAAUGAUGCCUCUUCUCAUUGAAGGCCAUUCCUUUACUUGUGCUUGGAUGAUGUCCUCCCCUGCUUUCCUGGGAAUUUUAUGUCAUUAUCUCUUUUUCCUCACGUAUAUUCAACCUCUCCUUCUCAACUGGAGCUUUCUCAUGCACACUAAAACAUACUUUAACACAACAUUGUAAAUCAACUAUACUCCAAUAAAAAUUAAUUUAAAAAAACAAAACAAAACAAAAAAAUAAAACAUGCUCAAGCCUUUCUCACAUACAAAACUGUCUCUUUCAAUCUUUCAUCCCCUUCUGGCUACCACAGGAUAGUUUUCCUCCCCUCCACAGCCGAACAUCUUGAAAGAGUUGUUGCUGGUGUGGGAUAAUGGGUAGUCAAUAGUCUUAUGAGACUCCCACUGCUGGUGGGAGGGAAAAUUGUUACAGCCAUUUGGGAGGGCAGUUUGGUAGUACAGUAACUAUUAAAAUAUAAAAAGUGCAAGCAGUGUCUAUUAAAAUUUAAAUGAGCAUUCCCUUCUUGUUGCCUUCUUUGACAGGGUGAGUGUAUAUAAGGCAGUUUUCUGCAGAAUUGUGAGCGACUGGGGAAAAAAUAGAAACAACUUAAAUGACUAUCAGUAUAGGAAUGCCAAAUAAAUUAUGAUACAGUAUGUAAUAUCGGUAGUGCGUUUAUUAAAAUAAUGAAGUGGCUCAUUCUAUACAUCAUGUUAUACUAUUUAAUAUAUGUUUAUGUAAAACAUAUGCACAUGUAUAUAUAUGUGUGUACAUUAAAUUAUGUUAUUAUCUAUAACAUUAAUAUGUUAAUACCCAGAAAAAGGCCAGGAAGGACAUACCAAACGAAUAACUAUGGUUACCUCUGAAAGGUGAGGAAGACGACCAGGAUUGGUAGCAGCGGUCAAAGAGGAUUUUAGUCCUGUCUGUAACGUUUUCAUUUUUUAAAGGAAAAUAUAUUUAUGUAUUACUUAUAUAAUUAAAAAUCAAAUAAAAGAAAGAGUUGUCAAAAAGGAAAGAGUUAUCUAUACCAGCUACUCCAUUUUAUCACCUGUCACUCAAUUCUUAACCCACUCCAAUCUGGCUUUUAUCCAGAUCAUUUCCCCAGAAUAGCUCUUUCAUGUCGGAAAUGACAUCUGUGUCAGCACAUCUAAAAGAUAAGAUGUUUUCUGCUAUUUUACUUGGCCUUUUUUUGUUCUUGGCCACUUUCUCCUUGAAACACUCUCUUCCUUUGGGCUUCCAAGCUCUUUUGUAUUUAACAACACAUUCUUCUGGCUUUCCACCUACAUCUCUGCCUGAUCUCUCUCUAACAACUCUGCAGCUUGCCUAUCCUUCUCUACUAGACUACAAAUUUGUUGAAUUUUUUUCAAAGACUUGCCCUGGAUCCUCUUCUCUUCUCAUUCUGUACUCUCCCAAUAAGUGAUUUCUUUUAUCAUCCAUAAGCCAUCAACUUCCAAAUUUGCAUCUCCCAUUCCAUGGCUAUAUGUUCAGCUGCAUGUUUGAUAUCUCAAUUUGUAACUCUCAAGUCUCCUCAAGUACAAUAGGUCCCCCCAAAACCCCUCUUAAUCUCUCUCUAUCCCCUUAAAUCUAGUCCUCUUUCAAUAUGCCAUGCCUUAGUGAAUGGUUCCACCAUCCAUCCAGUUGUGCAAGCCAGAGACCGAUGAAUCUGCCAUGACACUUCCCUUUUCUCUCUCUCUCUCUCUUUUUUUUGGCCACACCGGGUGGCAUGUGGGAUCUUAGUUCCCAGACCAGGGAUCGAACACCGAGCCCGCUGCAUUGUCAGCGCAGAGUCUUACCCACUGGACCACCAGGGAAGUCUGUGGUGAUCAUUUCUCAAUGAUCCCUGUAAUAAAGGAAUAUAGGUACCCUUUUGAUAACAAGUUGAUAUUGGUGCAGAAAUACAAUUCAGUCAGAAACUCUAUAGUAUCAGGGAAAAAACUAAAACUCUCCAUUCUCACCAUAUCACAGAGCAUAUAAAUUACAUGAAUAAUUACUCAGAUGGAAAACUUAAUCUUCAAAGUGUUAAGCCUGUGAAAUCAAGCUAUUUCAGUGGCUGCCUUGUACGAAAGUGGUAGGUGUGGAUAAAAGGAGAAGAUCCAGAGUUAACAAUUGACUAAAUGGGGGAGGCAGACAGAACUUUAAUACAGUGUGAAAGUGACAAAUCACAAGUAUACACAGGGUGUAGUGGGAGCACAUACAAGGGGCACUUAAUCCAACUCUGUGGUAUGUGUGUGUGGUGUGGUAUAUAUGCGGAGUGGGGGGCUGUCAGGGAAGAUAUGCUAGGAAAGGUAACUUUCCACAUUAACUGAAAUAUACAAGCAAGAUUUCAGCCAAGCAAAAGGUGGGAGAGGAGGGUGGCAGGGUCUGCAGAGGCUACUAUACCAAGGAACAGCAAGGAUCAAUUUGUUCAGAGACUAGAGAGAACGGCCUCUUCGUGUAACUGAAAGUAGUUCUUUGGAGCAGGAUCAGAGAGUAGAUUGACUAUGGGAGUGGCAUCUCCAUCCUCCACCCUCCUCCCCUGCACAAAAUUUUGAUGCUGGAGCAGUGUAUGUAUGUGAGGGUGAAGGGUUAGGUCAUGCAGGUCUUCCCGAGCAAAGGCAGAGUUUGUACUUAAUCCUUAGGGCAAUGAAGAACCAGGACAAGAUGUUUUCCACUUUUUAUUUCAAGAUAAUUUUAGGUUUACUGAAGUGUUGCAAAAGUAGUACAGCAAGGUCUCAUUCACUGAACUUCCCUUAACAUAAACAUCUUACAUAACCACGGUAGAAUGAUCAAACUAAGAAAUCAAGGUUGGUACAAUACUAUUAGCUACACUACAGACUUCAUUGGGAUUCCACCAGUUUUUCCACUAAGGUCCUUUUUUUGUCCAAUCCAGGACCCACAUUGCAUUGAGCUGUCCAGCAAAGGAUUUUAAAGAGGAGUGUGAUGUGAUCACAUUUGCAAUGUCAGUUUGAGAGAAACAUAUUUAGAUUUUGGGCAAUGGGGAAGGAAAAAGUGAGUCAAGUUAGGAAGCCCAGGGAAUAAGCUAGUCUGGCCCUGUUGGCACCCUAUGAAAGUUAUGAUGUAGCCUCUGGAGCUGACACACUGGCCUACCAUGGCACAUUUAGUUUCCUUUCUGAUGUUCCGAUAUGCUGAUUUAGAAACAUGGUUUAACUAGAGCAUGAUUCCACUGGAUCACAGUAUUCCUUUGUUCUACUACUCAAUUUUGGUAUGGACACAUUGAAGUGAACUGGAAAGAGGAUGGGAACUGCAGCUUGGAUAUUUUUAACUCCAAAUGGUUAGAAACAUGGGGAAAAAAUAACUAUUAAACACUUAGUAGUUGCAUUUUCUUUAAUGUGGCCUGAAGCAUCUGCUUUUGUGAAGUGCCAUUCCUUGUGUUUCCCUUUACAAAAUUGUCGGAGUGACACUGCAUGUCACGAAUUGCAUGGUUAAAUCUCUCUAUGUGCCAUUGUCAAAGAUAGCUCCGAACUUGAGAUUUAUAUGCUUUGCUCAAUCCUUUACUUGCUUGUUUCUGGAACAUUCUUAGUUGAUGUAGCUGGAAGCGUAACAGCUACGUUAUAAAAUGAGUUUAUUUCUUUUUUAUUACUAGACAUUUUUCACUUCCUUUUUUUUUAAUUUAUUUUUUUGGCCCACACCAUGUGGCUUGUGGAAUCGUAAUUCCCUAACCAGGGAUCGAACCUGGGCCCCCUGCAGUGGAAGCACAGAGUCCUAACCACUAGACCGCCAGGAAAGUCCCUCUCUUUCUUUCUUUUUUUUAAAAAAAAAUUUAUUUAUUUAUUUAUUUACUUUUGGCUGGGUUGGGUCUUCAUUGCUGUGCAUGGGCUUCCUCUAGUUAUGGCUAGUGGGGGGCUACUCUUCGUUGCUGUGCGUGGGCUUCCCACUGCAGUGGCUUCUCUCGUUGCGGAGCAUGGGCUCUAGGCACGCAGGCCUCAGUAGUUGUGGCACGUGGGCUCAGUAGUGGCUCGCGGGCUCUAGAGCGCAGGCUCAGUAGUUGUGGCGUACAGGCUUAGUUGCUCCGCGGCAUGUGCGAUCUUCCCGGACCAGGGCUCGAACCUGUGUCCCUUGCAUUGGCAGGCGGAUUCUUAACCAUUGCACCACCAGGGAAGUCUUUCACUUUCUUUUAAUACCAUUAUUUUUAAGAACUAUAUUAGAUAUCAGGAGACCUGCUUUCUAGCCUUGACUUGGUCAUCUAUUAGCUGUGUGACCUUGGACGAGCAAAUUAACUUCUCCUGUUCUCAGUUACUUCACAUUAAAUAACUACCCUGCCAACCUCAUAUAGUCAGGUAAAAUAAUGGAUGGACACAAACUUUGCAAACUCUACUGCUACAUAAAUAAAGGCGGUAUUAUCCACGUUAUCUACAUUUACUCACAUCUCUUGAUUGCAUCCUCUUUUGAUUUCCAAAUGAGGUAAAACAUAUAAAAUGUCUAUGACAGUGUAAGUGAAUUCAUUCAUUAAUUCAUUUUUUCAUUUAUUCUGAAUUUAUGUAUUAUGUUCUAAGUGCCCAGAUCUGCACUAUGGAUUUGAAGAUCAGCAGGAAAUGGAUCCUGUGCUCUAAAGCUUACUUUCAGUAGAGAGAGAGAUACAAGUAGGCAAAUAAAAUUAAUAAAGUGUUCGUUCUUUACUUUUCCACCAAAUACUCGUAAUGGCACAGGAGAGAGAACCCGUGUCUCCCUGGAGUUUGGGGCAUAGCCUACAUUAAGAAAUUAAUUUCUUUGAAAUGGAAAGAUAACCCAUGCUCUUGUAUUGGAAGAAUUAAUACUGUUAAAAUGGCUAUACUACCCAAAGCAAUCUACAGAUUUAAUUAUCAAAUUACCCAUGGCAUUUUUCACAGGACUAGAACAAAUAAUCCUAAAAAUCAUAUGGAACCAGAAAAGGCCCAGAAUUGCCAAAGCAAUCCUGAGGAAAAAGAACAAAGCAGGAGGCAUAACCCUCCCAGACUUCAGACAAUACUACAAAGCUACAGUAAUCAAAACAGUGUGGUAUUAGCACAAAAACAGACAUAUGGAUCAAUGGAACAGAAUAGAGAGUGCAGAAAUAAAUCCACACACCUACGGUCAAUUAAUCUUUGACAAAGGAGGCAAGAAUAUACAAUGGAGAAAAGACAGUCUCUUCAGCAAUGUUGGAAAAGCUGGACAGCCACAUGUAAAUCAAUGGAGUUAGAAUACACCCUCACACCACACAUAAAAAUAAACUCAAAAUGGCUUAAAGACUUAAAUAUAAGACAUGACACCAUAAAACUCCUAGAAGAGAACAUAGGUAAAACAUUCUUUGACAUAGGUUGUACUAAUGUUUUCUUAGGUCCGUCUCCCAUGGCAAACAUUCUCUGAUAUACAUUGUACCAAUGCUUUCUUAGGUCAGUUUCCAAAGGCAAUAGACAUAAAAGCAAAAAUAAACAAAUAGGACCUAAUCAAACUUUAAGCUUUUGCACAGCAAAGAAAACCAUAAACAAAACCAAAAGGCAACCUACGGACUGGGAGGAGAUAUUUGCAAAUGAUGCAACCAACAAGGGCUUAAUUUCCAAAAUAUAUAAACAGCUCAUAGAACUCAAUAACAAAAAAACCAAACAAUCCAAACAAAAAAUGGGCAGAAGACCUAAUUAGACAUUUCUCCAAAGAAGACAUACAGAUGGCCAACAGGCAUAUGAAAAGAUGCUCCACAUCACUAAUUAUUAGAGCAAUUCAAAUCAAAACUACAAAGAGAGUACACCUCACACUGGUCAGAAUGACCAUCAUUAAAAAGUUGACAAAUAACAAGUGCUGGAGAGGGUGUGGAGAAAAGGGAACCCUCCUACACUGUUGGUGGGAAUGUAAGUUGGUACAGCCACUAUGGAGGACAAUAUGGAGGUUCCUCAAAAAACUAAAAUUAGAAUUAGAGUUCUGUCCAGAUAUAUGCCCAGGAGUGGGGUUGCUGGAUCAUAUAGCAACUCUAAUUUGAAAAGAUACAUGCACCCCAAUGCACUAUUUAUAAUAGCCAAGACAUGGAAGCAACCUAAAUGUCCAUCAACAGAUGAAUGGAUAAAGAAGAUGUGGCAUAUAUAUAUACACACACACAUAUAUAUAUAUACAUAUAUAUACACACACAAUGGAAUACUACUCAGCAAUAAAACAGAACAAAAUAAUUCCAUUUGCAACAACAUGGAUGGGUGGGCCUAGAGAUUAUCAUACUAAGUGAAGUGAGUCAGAAAGAGAAAGACAAAUACCGUAUGAUAUCACUUAUAUGUGGAAUCUAAAAUAUGACACAAAUGAAAUUAUUUAUGAAACGGAAACAGACUCACAGACAUACAGAACAGAGUUGUGGUUGUGAAGGGGGAGGGGGGGUGGGAGAGGGAUGUAUUGGAAGUUUGGGAUUAGCAGAUGCAAACUAUUACAUAUAGAAUGACUUUAUAAACAACAAGGUCCUACUGUGUAGCACGGGGAGCUAUAUUCAAUAUCCUGUAGUAAACCACACUUGAAAAAAAUAUGAAAAAGAAUAUCUAUCUAUAUAUCUGUCGACCUAUCUAUAGAUAUAUAUAUAUCUGAAUCACUUUGCUGAACACCAAAAACUAAUACAACAUUGUAA